AUCCGAGCUGCGCGCGCGGUCACACCUGGUCGGGACGGAGCUGAGUCGUGUUCACAGAAGCAGCUCCACGCAGCGCUGGUGUAAAUAACGAGGAAUGCGGCACCGGUUUGAAAGUUUGCGGUAAUUACUCGAAGUUAACUUGGAGUGAGAUUUAAAAUAAAAAGAAUAAUGGCAACAGGCGGGUUCAAGCCAAGCGCGACGACAAACUUUCUGGAGGAGUGGAAGGCGAAGCGGGAGAAGGUGAGGGCUAAAAUGCUGGGGGACAUCGCCGCAGCCACCGGCGUCCCGUUGAGCCCCAACCCGGACCCAAGCGCCUCUCCGGGGAACUGCCACACCUCCUCCCACCCGGUGGCCCGGUCCUCCUCGGGCGACUCUCUGAACAGAACCGAGGUGGACGCGCACCACGCCGUGCACACCCCGACGAGCACAGUGAAGAAGGCCGAGGCGGCAUCACCGGACUUCAGCCCCAGAACGGCUUGCAACGACAGCGACAAGGAGAGCCCCCCCACCGGCAGCAAGGCCAAGGAGAAGAAAAGCUCUGGUCCCAGCGCACGGAAGGGGAAAGGCCAGAUCGAGAAGAGGAAGCUGAGGGAGAAGAGGAGGUCUACAGGUGUUGUCAGCAUACCUUCAAACGAGAGCCUGGAUGAGCUGGAUGAUGACGAGGACACAGGAGAGAAAGACAGAAGGGAUGAAGAGGAGUUGGUUCAGGCCAACACGUUCCAGAAUGAGUCCAUGACAGCCGACCCCAGCACCGGCUACUUACUGGAAACUCCAAGAUCUGGAAUUGGGUGCCACAAGAG